CGGCGCCAGGUCGAACAGCACGGGAGACGGUACGCUCGGUCCAGUGUGUUACAUUGUGACAAAAUUAGAACCCUAGGCUCUGAAGGCCUAAAAGAGGAGGAGCCUAGAGUGGGAGGAGCUUCGAGUGGGAGGGGCAAGGAGCAUGACGGUACUGGGGCAACGCCUUCGAUCAGCUGGACUAGUACAGCUGCUCCUUUUUCCUCUCCUACACACAGGACUGCCUCGUGUGUUGCAGGAUUCUCCAAGUGCGAAUAGCGUCUUUGAGGAUGCCAUGGCUGCUGGAGGUAUGUGUGGAGAGGAAGGAUAUUCUCGGCAGAUCUUUGAGAGCAGAGCAAGGCAGCUGUUAGAAGAUGCCCUUGCCUCCUACACGGGAGGUUUUUACGACCUACAUCGCCCCAGAGAUUCAUAUUUAAGACCUGCCUUGCACCGGGAAGGCGUCCAAGAUUCAAGGAGUGAAUUUAGUUCUAAGUUCCCUAGCAUGAAAUCCUCGCGCUCUGAGACUCUUCCCUUCAGCCUCCCAGACUCGAGAAAGUCCCCUCCCAAGACGCUAGGUCGAGAGACGUCCCUCGCAAAGGUCACAGCUGCUGAACCCCCUCACACGCAGACCCCAGAUGUCCAUACUCCUCGCAAUGAGACCCCAGAUGCGAAGACUAUCGUCACAAAGACUCAAGUGGUUGAAGCUAUUCACAAAGAGAAGAUCCCGGGUGGACUCAUUCUCCCGACAAAGACCCUGGAUGAUCAGACUCUUCACGCAAAGACGGUCCCGGAUGAUCGGACAUUCAGCAUAAACACCCAAGAUGCACAGUCUCUCCGCGCAAAGGCCCAGAACACAACCUCGACUACCGCCACCAAGACCCAAGGCGUCGCAAAGACCUCACUCACAAAGCCCUCACACGCGAAGCCGUCCCUUUCAGACCCACAAGACAAGCCGAGGCCACCCAGAAUUCGGCGGAGUUGCGGAGGUUCGUUCGUCGUCUUUCCCUUCUUGGUUUUCCUCAUCGGGACGCUGUCCUCGUCCAUCAACAUCAUCAAUAACAUCAACAACAACAAUAAUAACAAUAACAACAAUAAUAACAAUAACAACAAUAAUAACGACAACAAUAAUAUGAAUGGGAGGAGUUUCGACGCAGGAAGGUUAUUGAAUUCGUCUCUCGACUUCGAAACUCUCUUAUCGAACUCAAAUUUCAAGGGAGUAGAAAGGUCACAGGGGACUCCUCGUAAACAAACGAGGUCAAAAAGGUCACCAGUGAGAAGAGCAAGGUCAGCAUCACGAAAAAGAGAAGCAGACUCCAAUUUGCUGCUGAAACCCGUUUAUAAUUUUCUACACGCGUCUACCAGUCUCAUGCUUAAUGCUGUCGAAAGCUCGUUUAAUGACAACACGCGAAGUUAUUUUGCAGCACUGAAGUUCAAUCGAAACUUUGUUGAAUAGAAUAUGUAAA